AUGGUUUGCCGUGUUGUUUCCAUCUUCUUUAUUUCUUACUUCUUAAGAAUUACAGGUACUGAUGAAUGGAUCAGCACACCUUCCUCUGUUUAUGGAAAUCUUGGAGAUUCUGUAUGGUUCAUCCUGGACAGUGGAAAUCUUCCGAAUAUAUCUGACAUCAUCUGGAAGAAAGAGGAAAAUCGUAUUGCGCGGUUUAGGGAGUCAGAGUCCUGGACCUUUGCUGAUUUCAUGAACAGGGCAGAGGUUUUUGCAAAUGGGACUCUCAAAGUGGAGCAAGCUCGUGAAAUUGAUAAAGGACUUUACACAGUGGAGAUUUAUGACACCAAUGGGAAGAAUGUUUACAAGAAAGACUUUCGGCUCCAGUUAAGAGGAGAAGCACCUGUGUUUGUCUUUGCUUAUGUGGUAACACACAGUGUUUUCCAAGCAAUCGUCUCAGUCCUUCUCAUCAUUUUCAUCAUUCAUCAGUUCAGAAUGAAAAGAAAGCAAGAUCGAAUACAAGUGCAAGGCUCCCCCUACUUUGGGAUCAAUGACAGAGUGGACGAGGACCAAAAAUGAAAGUGUUUAAAGGAAGUGAGAAACAGAAAUACUGUACCUUCAGAGUACAUUCAUAUGGAGCUUCCCCAGCUGUAGCUAUUUUACCUUGAUUAUUUAUGAUAAAACCAAUACGUACAUUAGUCUUACAGACUGAACUAAAAUGAUGUGUUCUUUUAGGCUAAAGGCCUUCCACCAAACCCAGAUGGCUUUAGACAGAUCUUGUGUUGUGCAUCAAAGGGGUGAUGAUUUAUAUUGCUGUACUCAUAAAGCAAAUAUCCACAAGAAAAAAGGCAAAAUGUUCCAAUGGGAAACAUUGGUUUUGUCCAUGGUUGAAGUUGCAGCAAACACCCACACUGGGUGAGAUAUUGAGAUAUUGAGAUAUAAG